CACUGGCUCCUGACACCAGGAAGCACUCAAGUGCCAGCCUCCGCCCAGGACUCGGGGACAGGGCACCAUGAGCCGGUCAAGGCAUGUAGGCAAGAUCCGGAAACGUCUGGAAGAUGUCAAGACCCAGUGGGUCCGGCCAGCCAGGGCCGACUUCAGUGACAACGAGAGUGCCCGGCUGGCCACGGAUGCCCUCCUGGACGGUGGCCCCGAGGCCUACUGGCAGGUGCUCAGCCGGGAAGGAGAGGUGGACUUCUUGUCCUCGGUGGAGGCCCAGUACAUCCAGAACCAGGUCAAGGAGCCCCCCUGUGCCCCCGAGGAAGGGGCCGAGGCAGGCCCUAAGGAACUGGACUCCCGCUCCCUGCAGUCGGGGACCUACUUUCCGGUGGCCUCGGAGGGCAGCGAGCCGGCCGUGCUGCACACCUGGGCCUCGGCAGAGAAGCCCUACCUGAAGGAGAAGUCCAGCGCCACCGUGUACUUCCAGACAGACAAGCACAACAACAUCAGAGACCUCAUCCGCCGCUGCAUCACCCGGACCAGCCAGGUCCUGGCCAUCCUGAUGGAUGUCUUCACGGAUGUGGAGAUCUUCUGUGACAUUCUAGAAGCGGCCAACAAGCGCGGGGUGUUCGUCUGUGUGCUCCUGGACCAGGGAGGUGUGACACUCUUCCAGGAGAUGUGUGACAAAGUCCAGAUCUCUGACAGUCACCUCAAGAACAUUUCCAUCCGGAGCGUGGAAGGGGAGGUGUACUGCGCCAAGUCAGGCAGGAAGUUCGCUGGCCAAAUCCAGGAGAAGUUCAUCAUCUCCGACUGGAGAUAUGUCCUGUCUGGAUCGUACAGCUUCACCUGGCUCUGCGGACACGUGCACCGGAACAUCCUCUCCAAGUUCACGGGCCAGGCUGUGGAGCUGUUUGACCAGGAGUUCCGCCACCUCUACGCCACCUCCAAACCAGUGAUGGGCCUGAAGUCCCCCAGGCUGGUAACGGCCCUCCAGCCCAGAGCGGGCCCCAGCCCUCCACCCAGCCGCCUCAGCAGCAGCAGCGGCUCGACCAGUGACCGCACCUCCUCCAACCCCUUCAGCAGCCCCUCGACGGGCAGCAACCCACAGAACCACAGUCUGUCUGCAUCCUCGGGGCCUAGCAGCCCCCUGGCCCCAAACCCACCUCCACCCUCCAGGUUUCAGCCCUACCACAGCCCCUGGGGGGCCCUGACCCCAAAGGCCCACUUCUCCCCAAGACCCCAUGACAGCACCCCUGCUCUGUACAGCAACCUCAAUGCCUACAGGCCCACUCGGCUGCAGCUGGAGCAGCUGGGCCUGGUGCCCAGGGCAGUCCACACCUGGAGACCCUUUCUACAGGCCUCACCUCACUUCUAAAGAGUCCCUCCCCAGGGCCAGGGCCCUGCAUUCCUGGAUUUUCUGGCCUAAAGAUGCCAUCUCAACAACUAUCAAGUUUGAACCUGCUUCCCUUUGACUAAAGGCACUUGGACAAAAUCACUGCCUAUGUUUGAAUGUUCCCAGGAGAGAGAACAUUCACUCGCUGACCUCCAGCAGUCCUUGGGUUACCCUCUUUGGUGGGGGAGGGGCACGGUCUAGAAGGUUCCAGGGAGAUAGAGGACAAAAUCAAGAAAAUAGAAGUGUUUUCUUCUAAAGUGCAGACAAUGCUUUAAUAUUAUUCCCGGAAUCUCUCAGAAUCCAAGAAAGGGCAGAUGCAGCCCAAGUUUUACAUAUGGGUAAACUGAGGCACUGAGUGGCAGA